AUGGUCAGAACCAUCAUCAAAGGAGGCGUAUGGAAGAACACGGAGGAUGAGGUCCUCAAGGCCGCCAUUGCAAAAUAUGGCAAGAACCAAUGGGCCCGUAUAUCUUCCCUUCUUGUUCGCAAGACUCCCAAGCAGUGCAAGGCGCGCUGGUACGAAUGGCUGGAUCCAUCUAUCAAGAAAACAGAAUGGUCCAAGACUGAAGACGAGAAACUCCUCCACCUUGCAAAACUAAUGCCAACACAAUGGCGAACUAUUGCUCCCAUUGUUGGCAGAACAGCGACGCAAUGUUUGGAGCGCUACCAGAAACUCCUUGAUGAGGCGGAGGCGAAGGAAAACGAAGAGCUCGGCCUCGCCGGUCCUUCCGACGAUAUUGGCCCUAGUGUAGACGAUAUCCGGAGACUGCGUCCAGGCGAGAUAGACCCCGACCCAGAGACAAAACCUGCCAGACCAGAUCCCAUUGACAUGGACGAGGAUGAAAAGGAAAUGUUGUCUGAAGCCAGAGCACGGCUGGCAAACACCCAGGGCAAGAAGGCUAAACGCAAGGCUCGCGAGCGCCAGCUCGAAGAAGCUCGCAGGCUGGCGGUCCUGCAAAAGAAGCGAGAGCUCAAGGCUGCUGGCAUCAUCAUGCGUCAUAAGACCAAGAAAAAGGGCAUGGAUUACAAUGCAGAUAUUCCUUUCGAGAAGAAGGCGGCACCCGGCUUCUAUGAUACUUCAGAAGAGCAAGCUCGCGUCGCUGCUGCACCUGUCGGCCAAUCCCUGCGCAGACUCGAGAACAAGCGCAAGCCGGAGGAGGAAGAGGCAGAGAGGAAGAAGAGGCAGAGGAGAAAUGCUAACGGAAAGGAAGGAGAGCCAGGCCAUCAGACCAAGUUCAUCGCUGCCCGUGACGCACAAAUCCAAAAGCUUAAGGAAGCGGAAUCCAUUGGCCGGCGGAACAAGCUCAUCCUCCCUGAAGCCCAGGUUGGAGAAACAGAGUUGGCAGAUAUUGUCAAAAUUGGUCAGGCUGGCGAAAACGCAAAGGCUCUGGUCGGCAGCGGCAGUGAUGCUAGCGGGAGACUGCUUAGCGACUACGAGGGCCUGGAGGCUGCACGGAUGGCGAGGACGCCAAGAACAGCUCCUCAACACGAUAACGUUUUGAUGGAGGCACGCAACCUCCGAAAUUUGACUGCAGCGCAGACUCCUUUGCUCGGCGACGAGAACACUCCUCUGCAUGUUGGCCCAGGCGGCCUCUCUGGCUUCGAGGGUGCUACUCCUCGUCAUCAAGUCGCAUUCACUCCCAACCCUCUAGCCACUCCCAUGCGAGACGUAAUCACAGAUGGGUCCGCUACACCACGAGUGGUCGGCGUCUCUGCGACGCCCCUCCGAACGCCCCUCCGCGACAACUUGUCUAUCAAUCCUGAGGAUUACUCUACCGCGGUUGGACAGACACCGCGCGACCAGCGCCUCCGUGCCAAUUCCGCAAAGCGCACUCUCAAGGCCGGUUUCAUGAACUUGCCUAAACCAGAGAACAACUUUGAGUUGCUGGUUCCUGACGAUGAAGAUAUGGAGGAUGAGACUAACGACUCACUGUCGAUUGAAGAUGCUGCGGACAGGGACUCCAAACUCAAGCGUCUGCAAGAAGAAGAGGAACGCAAGGCUUUGGCCCGAAGAUCACAGGCUAUUCAGCGAGGUUUGCCUCGGCCGAGCAAUGUGGAUGUCUCUCUACUAUUGCAGAACCUCAGCGUGGAGGAUGAGGAAGAAUCAGAUCCUGCAAUGGCAUCUGCGCAACAGUUCCUCAACACCGAGCUUGCACAACUUCUCUUACACGACUCGAUCGCUCAUCCACUACCUGGGACGACGAAGUCUGGCGCAUCCCAGUCGACGUACACCAUGCCUGAUGACGACGCUCUUGAGGCCGCCAAAGCCGAGAUCCAUCUCGAACUAGCGACGCUAGUUGGUUUCCCAUCUGCAAAUCCUGCGCAAGUUCGUGAUGGCCUCCUCAAACUGUCUAAGACGGAAUCCAUUCCUCAUGACAUCUCAUGGGCCUCUGUCCGACAGAAGCUGGCUUACGAUGCCUCAACGAAGACCUGGGUGGACCCGUCCUCUCUCGAGUUCGAGGCUCGUGUUGCAGGAUACGAGUCUUUGCUCGCCGACGACCGCGAACUCAUGACGAAAGAGGCCAACAAGGCGGCCAAGUUGGAGAAGAAACUCGGUGUUACGCUGGGUGGAUACCAGAUACGUGCACAAGCCCUCGCCAAGCGGAUAACAGACGCCUUCGACGAGUUACAGAAGACCAAGGUGCAGCAUGAGGCCUUCUCGCGUUUGCGUGCCAACGAGAGCGCAGUCGGACCACGGAGAGUUGACACCCUUCGCGAGGAAGUCGAGAAACUCGAACAUAGGGAGAAGAUGCUUCAGAUGCGUUACGCCGAGCUGGUAGGCGAGAAGCAGGAUUCGGAGGCUCGGGUGACGAAAUUGGAGGAUAAAUUAAUGGCGGAGGCGGAGGCAUACAACGAAGCUCAACUCGCGGCAAUGGAGGAGAAUGUGUAG